AUGUCGAGGCCUUAUUGGCUCGUGUCUCUACCGCUGCACGGAUCUAAGGAGAGCACGUGGGGUGCACUACAGGACAACAUCAACAGAUCUCUGUCCGACCUUCCCUAUUAUAAGCUGUACGUGCCUGGUCUGCGUGUGGGCACGCUCGACUCGCUCCUAUCCCUCAGUGACGACCUCGUCAAGGCAAGCGCACAUGUGGAGGGAGUCGCAAACAAGAUGCGGCGGCAGAUAGAGGAGCUGGAUCGUGUUCAAGGCACCAACUCCGGCGCUCUUUCGGUCGACGGCGUCCCUGUGGAUUCCUACAUGACCAACUUUCAGUGGGAUGAAGCCAAGUACCCGGUGACCACGCCUCUAAGGGAGAUGGUGGAGUCGAUUCAGGAGUCUGUGUCCAAGAUAGAAGACGACCUUAAGGUGCGGGCAUCAGAGUACACCACAGUGCGCAGCCAGCUCAGUGCUAUCAACCGCAAGGCUGGCGGCAGCAUGUUGGUGCGGGACCUCUCCACCAUAGUGCAGGACAGCGACAUCAUUGUCUCCGAGCACAUGACGACUCUGCUCGUGGUGGUUGCUAAAUACUCAGAGAGGGACUGGCUGGCUUCGUACGAGACGCUCUCCACCUUCGUGGUCCCCCAAUCGUCCAAGAAGAUAACAGAGGACAACGAGUACGCGCUCUUCACGGUCACGCUCUUCAAGCGAGUGGUGGACACGUUUAAGGUGGCCGCCAGGGAGAAGGGCUUUCAGGUGCGAGAGUACGAGCACGACCCUGACGGUGCAAACCAGAGGAAGGAGGAUCAGGAGCGGCUGCUGGAGGACAGUGUUCGCGUCCUGGAUGCACAUUGCUGUCAUUCACCCCUUUCCCAAGAGAGCAUCCUUCCCUAUGGCCUCCUUCCCCAUCUGCCAGUUCUCAUCCCUCCCUCCUGCUUUCACCCUCCCCUCCAGGUGUUCGCGUCGUGGAUGCACAUUGCUGUCAUUCGCCUCUUUGCCGAGAGCAUCCUUCGCUACGGCCUCCCUCCCGCCUUCCUCGUGAGUCCCGCCAUUGCCACCUUCCUGGUGGGUGUGCAAUUAUCGUUCUUGUUGUCAACUCAAGGACACUCUUGCUGUCAUUUGCCUCUUUGCCGAGAGCAUCCUUCGCUACGGCCUCCCUCCCGCCUUCCUGGUCAGUGCUGCUCCUCUGGCUUCUUUGCUGAGACCGUUCUUUUCCACGACCCCCCUCCUUCCCUGCUGAUCAGUACCACCCUUGAUGAUCCUGCCCUCAUGACCCCCUCGCAGCGAUCGGAGAAGCGCCUUCGCUCCAUUCUGGAAACACUGAGCAACACAGAUAACAGCGAGCACUGGAGGUUGACGGACAGCGAUGCCAGCCUGGCAGGGCUGACAGGAGGAGACCACGACCUGCAUCCCUAUGUGUCCAUCACCAUGAGCGUUGCACUUUAA